AAACCUCAAGUAGAGGAAUAUAAUGAUAAGAUCAAAUUAAACAGAACAAGUGAAAAAAGAGCUAACAACAUUCAAACACAUCCACAAGCAAUUUAUACUAGUAGACUUUUAAAUUUCAAAAAUCUCCCAGAACCAGUAAAUUCAGAUGCUAAUAAAACAACAUUACGUUCAGAAUGUUUUGAUUGUCAAUUAGACGAAUUAGACCUUAAUGAAAGUGAUCAAGAAGAAGAAAAUAAUACUGAAUGAAUUUUUUUUUAUAAGAAUCAAAGAAUUUAGUUUAAUUAAAAUUAUAUUAUUAAAUUAUUUCUUUUAUAUAGUUAUUAUUUAUGGGUUUUGUAU